ACGAUCUUUUAAAGUUGUUAAGAGUUUAUCUCGCAGUGUUUUAAAAACAGAAACUAAUAUAAUCCACGUGAUAUUAUUAUAGAAAGUUUGAAAGUUGUAGAGGAGGUUAUUGAACGCGGCAUUUUAGCUUAUCCUCCACUUCUAGUUAACCUACAUUUGUUUCUCAGUUUAGCGCAGUUUUAACAGGUUAUACGGCUAUUUUGAGAGCAAGUAUAGGCUUGAAAAGCGAUUAAAUAACUUUUAACCAGGAGGAUAAGUGUUUAAUAAACUGCAAAGGAAGCUGUGCUGCUGAGAAGCCACGCUGUUAGUCCAGUAACUGCAAUGUUUACAGGUUUUGGGCUCAGUAGUAGUAUAGACGCUCCAGCAUUUCUGGCUUUCCUGAGCUGGAGCUGCUGUAGUUUCCUGUAGUUUUCUGUAGUUUAGGUCUGUGCUGUAGUUGUUUAAGACAUUAAUAUUGAGCAGGAUUCAGGAUUUUGGACGCACAUAAAGAGAAACAAGGAUGUGUGACAUCAGGACUUAUAAUGUGGUCAUUCUGGGCAUUGGAUUUCUAUUCAUUUUCACUGCCUUCACCACCUGUGGCAAUAUAGAACAAACUGUGGUGAAAAGUCUGGACAAUGCUACUUUUACUGGAAGUGGUUAUCACAGCCUCGGGAUUAUAUAUGGAAUUUUUUCAUUUGCUAAUUUAUUAGCUCCCCCUGUUGUAACAGUAAUCGGACCACGUUUUACAAUGUUCUUCAGUGGAAUUCUUUACAGUGGUUAUAUAGCUGUAUUCAUUAAUCCAUGGACCUGGUCCUUUUACUUCACCUCAGUGCUAAUUGGUAUCGGAGCAGCUCUGCUUUGGACAGCUCAAGGACACUUUCUGGUGGAGAACUCUGAUGCCUCCACCAUUAACAGGAACACUGGGUUGUUUUGGGCUUUGUUGCAGUGCAGUAUGCUGUUUGGUAAUCUCUAUGUUUAUUUAGACUGGAAAGGAAAAUCUGAAAUUUCAGAUGGAGACAGGAGGAUUAUGUUUAUUGCUCUGCUGGUCACCUCUGUAAUCGGCACUCUGAGCUUCCUGAUCCUGAGAAGAUCACAGCAGCUGGAGGACGAGGUUCUGUCUGAGGAAGAGGGACGAUCCUUAUUGUCAUCUCGGUUAAUAUAUAAGCAGCGAGCCAACUCUGCUAUAAAUGAUGCCAAAGCAGAAUUCAAGACUAUUUUGCACCUUUUUGGGACAAAAACAAUAUUACUCCUUGCCUGUUGCAUGGCAUACAGUGGUCUGGAGCUCUCUUUUUACAGCGGUGUGUACGGAACUUGCAUUGGAGCAACAAGUCAGUUCGGUGAUGGAGCCAAAGCUUUGAUUGGGAUUUCAGGGAUUGUGGUGGGAUUUGGAGAAAUAAUUGGUGGGGGUCUGUUUGGGCUCAUUUUGAAAAAUAACCGGUUUCGGCGCACGUCAGUCGUCUUCCUCGGUAUGGUGGUUCAUUUUGUGGCCUUCUACCUGAUCUUCCUCAACAUACCAGAUGAUGCUCCAGUGGCGUUUAAAAGCAGCACACAGGAGAAGCCUUAUCUGUCACCAAGUGUCUCCAUUGCUAUGCUGUGCAGCUUCCUGCUUGGACUCGGAGACAGCUGCUUCAACACUCAGCUUUACAGCAUUCUGGGCAGAGUUUACACUGAGCAAAGCGCACCAGCCUUUGCCAUCUUCAAGUUUAUUCAGUCUAUCUUUGCAGCAGUGGCUUUCUUCUACAGUGGCUACCUCCUGCUGACCUGGCAGCUCCUGAUCAUGGUCAUCCUGGGCUUUAUAGGCACCCUGUGCUUCUUCAUGGUGGAGAGGAUGCAGAAUGUCUCGGCUGAUUUGCCAGAAUACUAGAUCUUCUAGUAACAUAAUUAUUUUUUAUACAGAGUGUUUGCAAGGCAAAUGUAUUUGGACUGUUUUCCGUAACCUGGGGAAUCACCCUGUUUCACUCUCACACACUGCUUCAGUGACUCUUCUGUUCCUGAGCUCUUAUGAAACACUAACUCAUCAGAGCUUCAGCUUUAUUUUAUUUGCAUUGAUAAUUUGCUAAAGGUGCUCUUUGUGUGGGAUGCUUUUGACAAAACUCAUCAUUCCUGGGUUGGACUGUAUGAUCCAUUAUAAUAAUCAAUUGCAAAACCAUAGAAUAAUUUUAAAUAUCUUUUAAAAGUAGUAUCUGUCAGUUUUAAAGGUGGCACAUUUUUUUCAAUCAUUAUUUUUAACUCAACACUAAAGAUACUAGCACACAAAUCAAGCACAACAAUAUGGUAUGGUAUGGCUAAUCAGGUAUGUGAAAAAAAUUAUAAUGCCUUAGUUUUUUGUGCUUUGCCCCUAAAUGUCUCAGGGUUCAGAUCACUUCAAGAUACAGUGUUAAAUAAAUUUCUAUUUUUCUCUUCUCUAAAAAUAAAAACGUUUGGUUAUGCACGUUAUCCAUGUUGUAAAAUGUAGGCCCCAUCACGAUAACUAUUUUUAUUUUAUUUUUAUUUUUACUACUAGUUUUGUUGUUCCAGAAAUAUUUGCGAUAAAAAAGAUUAUUGUCAUUAUUGUCAAAUGUCACGAUAUGACUUUUUAAGUGCAAAAAAUGCAGUUCUAUUAAUUUAAAGAAUAAUAAAUUUAAAUUCACAGACGCCUCGUGCUGAUUGACAUCACCCUAGGAGUGAUGAGGGGAAAGAGCGCCAUCUACCCACCCAGAGAGAGCAAGCCCAAUUAUGCUCUCUCAGGGCUCUGGCAGCUGAUGGCAAGCUGCAUGACCGGGAUUCACACCUGUGAUCUCCCUUCAUUGUGGCAGCGCUUUAGACUUUUGGACCACUUAGCACCCCUAAUUUUUUAAUUUUUGGAAAUAUAUAUAGAUGGUUAAGUUAGAAUAUUUUAAAAUAUAUCCUAAAUACUCUAAAUGUAAAUAAAAUUAUACCACUUAGCUCAUUCACAAUAAUUAGUCUCCCUAAUAAUCAUCUUAUUUUUACUUAAUGAUAACUUAAUAACAUAACUAUCAUGACUGGCCUAAUAAAAUGCACUGCCUAUAUUGUACUUAUUAUUGUUAUUACUUUAAACUACAUUUAUAUAUUUUGCAUACUAUUAUUUGAGUUGAGUAACCUGUAUUUUAUUGUUAAUUGUUCUGAUUAGAGUUUUAACAUGCAAAAACGACUCAGAUACACUCAAUUAAAAGGACAGUAAGGUUUUUUACCAAAGACACACAUAUAUGAGGGUUUUUAAAGGUAUAAAAAAGAUGGACCAUGGCAAUAUAUAGGAAGUAGAAGAAGAAAUUUAGAGUGUCAUAUGUACAGUGUCAUGCCAAAAGUCAUGGGACAGUAACUGGUCUCAUGUAAAGAAUGCUGUACUGGAUGUGUGAUAUGUGGAUAUGUUGUUCCCUGAGAGAACAAUUCAUAAUUCGUAGGCAUACUCUUGUCCCAUGACUUUUGGCAUGUCAGUGAUUUUUUUUGCGCACAGUUAAAAAAAAACAUAAUUCAGUAUUUUAUUGUUUAAGAAAAUGCAGUGUUUUCUAAAAUGUACAAUACUUAAAUAACCAGCAUUAAAAUUUCAGUGCUUAACUCGAAGUUGUAUAAUAACUAUGCAAUGAUUAACAGUAAUUAGUGUCUUGUGAAUGUAUUUUAUUUAUAUUUACUAAUAUACCAGCAUUUCUCUGUUAGUAUUCCAGCUGUAUGAUCUUGUUAACUGACAAUCAAUUGUAUUGAGUUUAGUGUUUUAUACAUAAUAAUUUCAGUGAGGUAAAGUAUAUGCUGUAUAUGUGAUGAACUGUAUUUGUUGUAUUGUGUAUAUGUUGUUUCCUUGCACUUUGUUUGUGUAUUUCAGGUCCAAAGUUCAAUAAAGAAUCGCAAGUUAUUGCAAGGUAA